CUCUCCUCCUCCCCGCAGUCUGCAGGAGACUGGAGGAUGGCAAUCUCCUACCACGAGCCUCCCCUGUUUAUCCGAUCCUUUCGGCAUCUGAGUGGAAGAUUUGAAUAUAAAGCUAAAAAAAAAUAAUGCACGAAGAAGCGGGAGGCAGAGGGGAAGUGUGUGAAGGUUACCUUGAGCUCAGCACUGCUCUCCAUUCCUGGCACCACAACAGGGUUAAAUAAAGUUUCCUGGCAGUGUGGAGCUGGGGAGCACUCUCUGGUAAUGGGGUCCAGCCCUGGGAUGCUCCUACCCAUCCCCUGCUCCUUCCCCCUGACUCUGCCAUAACUCCUGGGCAAGUUGUGCCCAGUUUCCCCUUCCCAUGGGCACGUUCCUUUCCCCCGGGUGUCUGGGACCUCAGCCAUGCACAGGGCAAUGGAAGCAGCCAGGCUCUGGCUGUGGAUGCGCAGUGACCCCAUUGUGUCACCCUACACACAGCCACGGGGCAGUGGGAUGCGGUGGCUCCGGGGCUUUUCUGUCCCCUGGACACUUCGAUUUGGGAAGCACAGCAGAAUUUGACUGAAUGGAGGCAGCCCCAGAUGCAAUGCAAACCUUUUGCCAUUGCACGUUGGGAUCUGCUUCAGAUUCUCUUGCCUAUGUGGGGCUAUACGAGCACCAGGAUGCCAUAGUGAUGGGUGUGCAGAAUAAGAAAGAAAUCAGCCCCUCUGGGAAGGAGCUCUAAAACGAGAGCUGCAAGAACAAAUCUUCUGUACUGUAUUCAUUUAAAUAGGCUGCAGAAGGCAUUGUCUGCUGCUCCAAAAGCUCAUUUUUCUAAUUGCCCCUGUGCUGUGCGUAAUCCCAGAUUACUGAGGGUUGAGCAAAGCCCCCAUAGCAGAGGGCAAAGCGUGGGCUAUAUGGGCAAAUUAUGUGAAAUUUGGGGCUGUCUGGGGGGGGCGCAGCUACCAGCCCUUGGCUGAUGGGCCCCAUGGGCUUUGUGGGGUUUAUGCCAAUAUAGGCAGCAUGGGGUUGGUCCUGUUGGUAGUGCUUAUCCUCUCCGGUGCACGUCUUGGCUCACUAAGGCGUAUUGAAACCCAUAACUGGAUUUUGCAGACUGGGCAUAAAAUACCUAGAACAUAAUAUGUAUUAAGACUCAUUAGGUUAAGCCAAUUCCCAGCUACACAGAGUCAUUUGAAUGGAGUUAAAUCACCUUUUUCACAGAGCUUAAGUGUCGAAAGGGUGCCAGCGUUGGGGAUGGCUCCUUCUGCAGCUCUGGGACUGAGGGAAUGGGAGGGAGCCAGGAGCACUGAGUAACGUGGCCGAGAUAAGAAGCAGUGUCCCCAAACUGUUGUUGGAUGACGUAGGACCAGCCUGGCCCUGUUUGCAUCCAGACAGGUGUGCAGGAAAAGGUGUGCAGAUUGGAGAGGCGAAAUGGCUGGGAGGGACGCACAAGGAGGGAUGCUCCAGUGGGAUGCAUGGGAAGGAUGCUCCAGGGAGGGAUGCUCCUUCCACCAACCCUCUCAAGUUGUGCAGGAGGAUUCCUGAGUGCUGGGGAGAAGACAACACUACUGCAAAGUGCCAGAUGGCCGUGGUGUGGGGUGACUGCAUGCUGUUGUCACAGCGUGGGGUGGGCGCGUAGGGGACACCCUGCGUGGCAGUGGGGACAUGGGGACACCCUGCAAAUGAGCACUGCGCACUGACUCAUGCACAGCAUGCAGCAGAUUUUCCAUGCUGUGCCAUGGAUCCUCUACACCAUGGCCUGGAUCCCGCAUGAAACACACGGGAUCCCGUGCAUCAUGCAUUCCAUCUUCCAUGCUGUGCUUCAGAUCCUGCACAGCAAGAACUAGAUCUUGCAUGGCUUGCCCUGGCUCCUGCAAAAGCUGCGUUGCAUUCUGUGGGACGUGCAUUCUAUUUUGCACACUGUGCACAUUUCCAGACCCAAGGGUGCUGCCAGGGUGCAGGACUGUGCUGGGGGAGGUCCUUGCCCACAUCACACUGCCCUGCCCACCUCCUCCAGCCCAUCACUUGCUAUUUUAAAGCCCUAUUCUUUCCCUGUCCCUCCGAUAAGAAAUGCUAAUGACGCGAUGAAAUCGGAUAGUUCAAUUGCCUUCUUCUCCUAAUGGAACUCUUGUGUUCGUUAAUUUGCUGUUUUUAAUGGGCUGAUUGUUCUCCUGCGCUGGGGGAACCACGUGAGCACUUCAGUGUGUUUUGCAGUGGUCAGAUGUGAGGUGGUGCUUGAAGGCAGCUGAACCUUGUUGCUCACUAAUUGUGGAGCAAUUUGAAGAGGAGGCCCAGGUGUAUAAAUUAUCAGCUCUGCAUUCCUUCGGAUUAUGAGCAACUGCUGAGUCCUGCUGGGAUCUCUGCCUGCUAUCCCUGGGUGCCAGGGGGAUGAACCUUGGGAAUUAAGGAGGUGGAACUUCCUCACCCUGAGACUGAAAUGAAUGGAGAACCUCAGGGCUGGAGAUGCACCCAGGGACUUCUCACUGCUCAUCUGCAGGGUGCACAGCCCUGAUCAUGAUAGAGAUGCUCGUGGGAUCAUCUGCUGCUGAGAGCUGCUGCACCAACUGAUCUGCUCCAAAGCUCCACCCUUCCCCAUGGUCCUCCAUGCUGCUAUGUUCCUCUGGAGGGCUCGUCCGGGAGGGGAAUAAUGCAGAAUCCCCCACAAAGGAGAGCAUCUCCCUGGCCCUCCAGGAGGGAUGAAGAUGCUAUGGCCAAACUAUGGGUCAAAUUCCAGCGCUCCUUUCGGCGGAGACCUGUGCGCUUCUUCACGCUCCUGGCUCUCUACUUGGCGGCUGGCAGCUUGGUUUUCCUGCACGCUGGCUUCACUGGGGAGCCCCGGGUGGCGGGGAGCCAGCGCAGCCCUGGAGCGGGCGAGGGGCUGGGACUGCCCUACCUGGGGGCCACGCGGCUGAGCCGAGGUUUCUCGGAGGUGACAGUGGGCCGACGACGUGGGCACUGGUUCAAGGGCAUGGCCAAGGAACCAGCAGAGAGGAGCAGAGCGGGUGACUACGGUGCAGCACGGAGCCGAGCACCCAAGGGCCGGGGCGGCCGUGACAAGGAGGAGGACAGAGCAAGGUACAUCGGUUGCUACGUGGACAACACUCGGAGCCGCACGCUGCGUGGUGUGUCCUUCUUUGACUACAAGAAGAUGACAGUCUUCCGUUGCCAGGACAACUGUGCUGAACGGGGCUACCUGUAUGCGGGGCUGGAGUUUGGUGCUGAGUGCUACUGUGGCCAUAAGGUUCAGGCACCCAACGCCAGUGAAUCUGAAUGCAACAUGGAGUGCAAGGGUGAACGGAGCAGCACCUGCGGCGGGGCCAACCGUCUCUCCAUCUACCGCCUGGAGCUGGCCCAGGAAUCUGCCCGACGCUAUGGCAGUGCAAUAUUCCGGGGCUGCUUCCGCCAGCCGGACAAUGUCUCCAUCGCUCUGCCUGCCAGCCAGCCCAUGCCCAAUAUGUCUGUGGACAAGUGUGUGGACUUCUGCACUGAGAAGGAGUUCCCGCUGUCGGCGUUGGCUGGCACUGUCUGCCGCUGUGGCUUCCCCACCACGCUUUUCCCCCUGCAUGAGCGUGAAGAUGAGCAGCUCUGUGCCCAACGCUGUGCUGGAGAGGAGUUCGAGAGCUGUGGCACCACUGAGUUCCUGCUUGUCUACCAGACCCAGGUGCAAGACAACCGCUGCAUGGACCGCCGGUUCCUGCCCAUGCGCUCCAAGCAGCUCGUUGCCCUGGCCAGCUUUCCUGGGGCUGGCAACACAUGGGCACGGCACCUGAUUGAGCUCGCCACUGGUUUCUACACUGGCAGCUACUACUUUGAUGGGUCUCUCUACAACAAAGGGUUCAAGGGUGAGCGGGACCACUGGCGGAGCGGGCGGACGAUCUGCAUCAAAACCCAUGAGAGUGGCCAGAAGGAGAUCGAGGCCUUCGAUGCUGCCAUCUUACUGAUCCGCAACCCCUACAAGGCGCUGAUGGCAGAGUUCAACCGCAAAUAUGGGGGGCACAUCGGCUUCGCUGCACACGCCCACUGGAGGGGCAAAGAGUGGCCGGAGUUUGUGGCCAACUAUGCGCCGUGGUGGGCGACCCACACCCUGGACUGGCUGCGCUUUGGCAGGAAGGUGCUGGUGGUGCACUUCGAGGACCUCAAGCAGGACCUCUUCACGCAGCUGAAGCGCAUGGUGGGGCUGCUGGGCAUCGCUGCCUGCGAGGACCGCCUGCUCUGCGUCGAGGGGCAGAAGGAUGGCAACUUCAAGCGCUCGGGUUUGAGGAAGCUGGAGUAUGACCCCUACACCCCUGAGAUGAGGAAGAUGAUCAGUGGAUACAUCCGAACGGUGGAUGCAGCUCUGAAGCUCCGCAACCUAUCAGGGGUGCCGGAUGACUACUACCCGAGGUGACGGUGAUGGCUGGGGGACCUGCCCCUGCCUGGGGAGGAAAGGAUUGAUUUCCUCUGCCUGCUUCCACCCAGUGGGUGGCUUUCUUGUAAUUCUCCAUCUGCUGCUACGAGCUGUUAAUCAACCCCUUGCAUGAGAAGCGCUCGCUCCCCAGCCAUUGCUCAGCUUGCUUGGUUGAUACUUUCACAGAGCUGGGCACCGAGGGGCCGCACAGUGCCCUGCCACUGCUGCUGGUCCCUAUCCCCAUCCUGCAGGUGAGCCCCUGCCCUGCUGGACACUGUGGGAGUAGGUAAAUUGGGUGGUGUGGGGCUACGUAGCUCCAUCCCACUCCCACAUUGGCUGCUGCAGCAUCCUUAGCAAUGCAAGCAGCUACUUGCUUGCAUGGAUGCUGCAUUGUAGUGGCCCUGCCCCAGGGGCCAUGAGCUGGCUUUGGUGGCAGUCCCUAUGCUUUGUGCACUCCCUGAACAGCUCCUCUGGGUCUCCAGGAGAGAUGGAGAUAAUUCCACCAAGGAGGAACACAAUAUGAGGAGCAGCACCCUGGGAUGCACUGAGGUGAGGUGGUCAUGAUGCACUGGGUGGGAUAUCUGUGGGUUCUUUAGGAGCCACCUAUGUACGUGGUGAUGGGAGCACUGACCCAGGGAAAGAGCAGCGUGCAGGACCUGUGGGAGCACCCAUUCCUCAUUGCAAAAGCUCCCAAGCCAGAAAAAAGCCUAGGAUGCUGUUCUGAGGAAGGGCGUGGGGGCAGUGGUCGGGAUGAGAGGUGGGCCACCUCUAAGCCACAACUGUGCCACGGAGUGCCUGGGCAUGGAGCACAGCUUCUGCCGGGGGAAGGAGGAAACCAAAGGAGCUCUGUGCCUGGAAAAUAUCUGCAGAGCUGGCUCUGUGCAGGCCUGCACGCUGCCCCAGUCACCCCACCACAGCUGGGUGCCCACCCUCCCUCAGAUGGAUGGAGGUGCAAAAGCCAUAUCUUGUCUGCAGCCUUUUCUAGAGUUAGAUACUCAACGAUUGGCUUUUAACUCUUGAUGGUGAUAGACAUAUGUGCACAGGUCCAAAAUCUACAGACAGCAAUUAACCUAUAUUCAAAGAAAGAGAAGAGAACUCCACUGGAGAAGGAGAUUAUCAAUAAAAUCUAUUUUUCUAACGUGCGUGCGGAGCUGACAUGGCCUAAGGGGCAGGAUGGGGGAUCUCUUUGCAUGGGGAGCUGCUCGCCCACGAAUGUAUUUUGCAAAGAGCGUGCUGGUGUCCCCUGUCCUGCACUGCAGGCUGGUGGCUGCCUACCUCUGUCAGAACAAAUCCUCAGGUCAACCCAGCUAUUAAAGGAGUUGUGUUGCUA